GCUGCCCCCACAACGUUGCCUCCGCUGUCAUGGCGGAAGCGGCACGUGACUGUCUCUGGGGCCUGCCGUAAAUCGCGGGGCUGUCGCAGCGCCCCCCCCCCCCCUUUCCGGCACGGCAGCGCCUCGCCGUGCGGCACAGUGGCGGUUGGGCGGGUCGGUUGGCGCCUUUGUCCUCGCGGCGGAGCUGAGCGGCGGCCUGAGGCGGAGAGCGGGCUCCGGAGCAGCGUGUUGCAUUUGGAACGAAAACAAAAUGGCUCGAGGACGCACGAGCAAUAGCAUCAAACAGAGCGACUUCACUAACAGCACCAAUCCACAGGAUUUAGAGAGAAGACUUUUUGUCGGCAAUUUGCCCACAGACCACAUGACCCGUGAAGAAAUGGAAGAAAUAUUUUCAAAAUAUGGCAAAAUCAGGGCCCUCAGCAUGUUCCAUGGCUAUGGGUUCGUGCAGUAUGAACGUCUAGAAGACGUCCAGGCCGCUCUGGACGGUGAGAAGGGUCGCCUUUUUAAAGGGUAUAGAUUAGAUAUUAAUAAAGCAGCGGAAAGAAGAAAUAUGAAUAAGGCUUCAUCAAGGUCCAGCCCAUCACGAAGAGAGCCAUAUGCGUACGGGGAUGGCAGAGAUGGGAGACGUGAUCGCUCCCCUAUUCGGGGGAGCCCACGAAGAGAGCCAAGGGAUGGUAGAAAUGGCCGGGAUUCCAGAGACGCUCGAGAUAUUCGAGGUAGAGAUGUACGUGAUCCCAGAGAUGCUAGAGACCACCGGGACCCCAGAGAUCUGCGAGAGCCCCGGGACAUCAGGGACCCUAGAGAUCUGCGAGAGCCCCGGGACAUCAGGGACCCUAGAGACUUACGGGACCCCCGGGACAUUCGAGACCUGCGUGACCCACGGGAUCCUGUGUAUGAUCGCUAUCGGGAUGUGAGGGAGCCACGGGACCCCGUGUACAGAAGAGAUGAUGCUUAUGACCGUUACCUUCGCCUGGAAGACUAUUACCGGAGGAAAGAUGACCCUUAUUAUGACCGUUACAGAGACCACUUUGACAGAGCCCCUUUAAGUGCAGAAGAACGUCUGAAACGCGAGGAGCGACGCAGGGAGGAGCUAUACCGGCAGUACUUUGAGGACAUCAAGAGGCGCUUUGAUUCAGAGAGGCCUGUGGACUGUUCUGUGAUAGUGGUUAAUAAGCAGACAAAGGAGUAUGCCGAGUCAGUGGGGCGGAAGGUGCGGGAUCUGGGCAUGGUGGUGGAUCUGAUCUUCCUCAACACAGAAAUGUCACUGACUCAAGCCCUGGAGGACGUGGGCAGAGGAGGGUCUCCUUUUGCCAUUGUCAUCACCCAGCAGCACCAAGUUCACCGCUCCUGCACCGUUAAUAUCAUGUUUGGCACACCACAAGAACAUCGCAACAUGCCCCAAGCUGAUGCCAUGGUGCUGGUGGCAAGGAAUUAUGAACGCUACAAGACAGAGACCCGAGAGAAGGAGCGUGAAGAAAUAGCCAGACAGGCUGCCAAGAUGGCAGAUGAAGCAAUUCUGCAGGAACGCGAACGCCCACCACCCAUAGAGGAAGGUGUCAGAGGGGGCCAUCCUCCAGGAAUCCAGACUCUCUUGAACCUGCUGGCAGACAACCGCUAUCUGACUGCUGAAGAGACCGAUAAAGUCAUCAAUUACCUGAGAGACAGGAAGGAACGACUACUUAGAGGAAGUACUGACUCUCUGCCAGCUCCAUUGUCGAGACAGUCUCUUGGGGCGCCUUCAGGAUCGUCUAUGACCAGCCAGGCCAGCCUUCCAAGCUCUCAAACUCAUCAGAGCACUCAGCCCCUGGCCUCUGCCACCUCUGCUCCAGUGUCCUCCACUAAUCCCCAACAGGAGCUGCAGGCAAAAAUCCUUAGCCUCUUCAACAGUGGGGCUGCGGCUGCAGCAGCUGCGGCUGCUGUAGCAAACAGCAGCUCUGCAGCUUCCACAGCCGCUUCAGGCGGCACUCAGAACCAAAACUAUGCGAAUGUAGCCAGCAAUCAAGCACGGGCAGUGCAGCUCAGUGCUGCAAGCUUAAACCAGUCUCAGCAGAGAACACAGGUCCCUGGUCCACAGCUUCCUGCCCUCCCAGGCUCCACAAGGAACACAGGCCCAAGACCUGGAGCAUCUCAGCCAGCCCAGGUACACUAUGGUCAGCACCAAAAUCGUCUGCCUACCCCUGGCAACAUAGCUGUUCAAAGGCCCGUAUCCUCUUCAGGUAUCAACUUUGAUAACCCCAGUGUGCAGAAAGCCUUGGACACCCUAAUCCAGAGUGGCCCUGCGCUCUCCCAUCUGGUGAGCCAGACAGUGGCCCAGGGGCGAGCAGGACCCUCAGCCCCGCAACCCAUGGGCUCCUACCAGCGACACUAUUAACAUCUAGCUGCAGAGCCAGUUUCCCUUCCCUUUGCCAUUACCAUACUCGUAGCUGUUUGAGUCUUUUGUCCUAGACCCAAGGCAAAUGCCCUUGAAGAUGCAUGUCCUCUCCCUCUCUGGGUCCUUGGCUGUCCCUAGGCCACUUCUGCCUUCACAGUGGCUAGAGCACUCGCUCCAGUAGGAUUGCUGUUGAGUGUGUUGCUAGUGCCCCUCUUCCCCUGGGUUGGGUUAGUUGUCUUUGGAGACGAGAGCUCUGCUCCAGGUGACAGAGGAGUUCAGAAGCUUCUGUGAGUAGUUGAAUUUUGCCCUCGAUGGAAAUUGCUGCUAUUCCAGCCCACCUGCAUUUCCCGCUCUUGGUGGUUGCCACUACAGUAAUGUUUGCACAGCAUGUUACACCAUGCCUGCAGUCUGUAGUCAAGUCUGGAGAGAAUUUCACAAGGAGCUUAUCAGAACAAAGUGGCUUCUUGAACUGGGUUAGUCUGAGACUGAUUCCCCUCCCCCUUACAAGCAUCUCAGUGGUGUGAACUCUAGGAUGGUUCUGGGUUGGGUGGCUAGUGGUUAGACCUUCCUCGGCGGUUUGGGUGGGCAGUAUUUGUGUGUGGUUUUAAAAAGACAAACCAUAUGAGCCAGAUAUGGGGAAACCUCCCUGUUGGUGCUGUAGCAGCUAAACUCAUGGAACAUGAGCAAGACUUGACCCCCAGGUAAAGCUGGGCAGUGAGUGCAGUGUGGAACUCCCACAGCCGGGACUAAGACUUCCUGGCUUAGUGAGGCCAGCAAGGAUCUGCUCACCAUACCCAGGCGUGAGGAGCUUUCCAGCAUUUGUUCUGGAUAUAGUGGCAAACCCAAACACCAGAACUUCCUACUCAAGCCAGGAUAGGGAACUAAAAGGCUCUGUCAAUUCUCCUGGACUCAGCAGCCAAAUUUACAAGCAGUUUAUUACAUGUGACACAAGUUUUUGUUUGGUUUGGGGCAGUUGACUACUGUAACUUUCACAGCCCAACCACAGAAACCCUAUUCUGCGUGCAGCUCCCGCUCCCAGAAUUGGGUACAGCAGGCUCCCUGGUGGGGGGUGGGGUCUCUACACUCCGCUGGAGCUUUGCAGACUCCAUUUUAUUGCUGGUUAGGUUGAGUUCUGUCACAGGUUGGGGAGGCAAUGCUGAGAGGGCUCCUCUGUUUUUAUAAGUUUCCAAACAUUUUAGUAGCAGCACUGGAUGCUUUUGUGGAAAAUCAGGCGGAGAUUCCUGAGCCGGUUUUUAACCAGUGUUGCGUGGUGUUAGGGCAUGUGGCUUCUCUGACUAGAUCCUAUCUAGUGCCAAAGGGAAUGCAUCGCCCCUUUAAAGCCUCUGGGGCUUCCUGAGGGAGGACAGGAAGAAACUGUUUAGAAAACACAGUUCCUGGAGCAGCAACUCUCUGUCCUGAAUGGUUUGUGUUCUGGAGCGUUUUUCUUUCUGUGCUGUUAACAAGAGGACAUUACUUUUUAAUAAAAUUGGCAGGAAAAAUA